AUGGCUGAUUAUGUUACAGUGGUUGAGGUGGAUGAUCCGCAAUCAUCUAAAGACACAAACCCAUUGUUGGGAAAUUCAACACAACCUGCAACGGCAUUACCGGCCGAUGAUUCUUCGUUUAUAACUGUGCUAUCGAUCAACAACAAUACUAACACGAAUAGCAGCAACAACACACCACACCAACAAUUGACCACGAACACCAGCACCACCACCUCUACAAAUAAUCAUAAAAAUUCUUGUAGUUCAGACCCCAACCCCCUAGCGGCGGAUGACACCGAAGAGGUAACCGUCUAUCGUUUGGUUGGCGAACGCUUGGGUUUCGGUCUCAAAUUUCAAGGUGGCACCCGCAGUGCGGAAAAAGUACAAAAACUAUUUAUACAAUCAUGUGCCAAGGAUAGUCCCGCAUCGAAGGUGGUGACUUCGUGGGGCCAGCUAAAAGAGGGUGAUGAAAUCGUAAAAAUCGAUGAACACUUGGUGCGGGAUAUGACCCGAAUUGAAUGUGUGAAAUGUCUCAAGGAUAAUGUGGCCAUAAAGCUGGUGGUUCGCAAUGGUAAGGGUUUGAUACCGGAAGAUUUGGAAGAGAAGGGGGCGAUGGGGGAUCAACAUCAUCAAAAUAAUGGGGUUCUUGGUUCGGGAGUGAGUAAUGGUCAAAUGAAGGGGGCACCACCACCACCGCCACCAGUGCCGCCAAGGAAAUUGGUGAAGAAGCAAAGGUCCUUUAAGGAUGCCGAGAAGGUGGAGGUGUCACAGGUCAAACAGGAGGUUGUGGAAAUGUCAGCAGAGAGGUCCUUUACACCACCACCCGAUGCGGAAUAUUAUAUCAAUUUGUUUGCCGAGAAUAAUGGUACAAAUGGUUCGUUGCUGAGGAACCCCUCCAGGAAUGGUGAAUCGGAAUCGGAUGAUACGGCAAGUACCAUAUCCACGGUGAUCGAUCGUUAUUCCAUGACUUCGAAUUAUUCAUCGGAAUCGGAUUUGUCGGGUUUCACAUCUUUGAAUAAUGGCCAGACCGGAGUUGCUGGAGUAGUGAAGCCGGAAUUGGCCAAGGUUUUGAAACCGUUUGCGUUAUUGGAACAGGAAUUUAGGGUAGAGGGAGCCUUGGAAAAUCCUCUAAUUUCGGAGGUAAUCGAAGUGAAUCUGAUACCCGGAAAUAAUUAUGAAAAUGUGGAGUUUAAGACGGAGAAAAUCAACAACUAUGAAAAUGUGGAAUUGAAGGCCAAGGUGGGGACUGAGGAAGAACUUGUGGUAGAAACCAAACAACAAUCUCCCAUACCCACUCCCAAACCCAGGCAACAGGUAGCCACAUCCCCCGUGGAACCCAAGAAGCGAUCCAUCAUUCCUAUGCCCCGCAAAUUGAGUAUCAAUGGCAAACAGGCCAUUGAGGUACCACCCCCGAAAAUUCCCGAGGAUGCUUUGAGGAAAGGUAAUGGAGAGCAACAAAAUCCUAACAAAACCCCCACAAGUCCCGCUGCCGGAAAACCUGCACCUGAGUCACCACCCACCAAAGAAUUUACCACAAAAAUUCCCAAGGCCAUACAUUCGCCCAGCAGUCAAUACAGGUCCCUGGAAAGGGCCAAAACGGAAUCGGAAAUAAAAUUGAAGCAGGAAAUCUCGAAGCAGGACAAGCUAAAGCAACAGACCACGGACUUUUUGGCCCACGAAGCCAGCUCAAAUGGUCCAUCGAAAACCAAUAAAACCCCCUCUCCUGUAAAAUCCAGAAUUCCCAUUGUCCUGACGCCCAAGCGAUCCUUGGAUUUGGAAUCCGCCACCCCAGAAAAGAAAUCCACCCUGCAGAAGUCACCCACCAACAUACCCCGCCUAUUGACAAAGCAAAAAUCUGAAACCGAUUUGAAGCUGAAUUAUUGCCGCUCCAAGGAGUCGAGUCCCACAAUGACCAGCAAAAAAAUUCCCCUGCAAAGGACCAUUUCGGCUGAUUCGAAAAUUAAAAUGCCCGAAAGGACCCUGAUACCGGUACUUCACCCGAGCAACACUUCCAAUGGUACCUCUUCCACGGAAAGUUUGAAUUCCAAUUCAACCACAACUUCGGGAGGAAAAUCGGCAAGAGGACCCAAGCCCAAACCGCCAGAGAGGGUGCAAUCCCUCAACAAGACUCAAAUCCCCAAAGCAAAUGCGAUCGGCAACAGUAACAACAACAAUGUGACCACAGUAGCUGUGGUGGAUCGAUCCUCCACAAAUUCCCUGGCCAGUCCCCAGACCUCUCCCCUGCCAGCCAUGCAGACUUUCAAGCAGCCCUCACCACCCAAGCAGCAGGAGAAGCCGCUAACACCACCCUCUCCCAAUCGGGAGAUACGUUUUAAAAUACAAACCUACACCUCCACCAAUAACAACAACCCGCAUAACAACACUACCUUCCAGGAGCCGGAAGAGCUACCCAGCCUCUUUGAGCUGCAGAGGCGUAACAGUCCCGAUGCCACACGGAAAUCUGAAGAGUUCUCCACCUUUAAGGCCACCAGCUCUCCAACCGUGACCACCCCCACCACCACUACCCCGAAAAUGGAAACCAAACCAGAACUCGAAGAUGAAUUGGAUCGCAUUACACCCCCACCCCUAGUGGUGGGUAAAUGCAUGAAGGUCGAUGAUACCGCUCCCAUGUACUAUUCCUCAUCGAGCAGUGACGACGAGGAGGAAAAUGAAACCGAUCUCAGUGGGGUCUACGGGGAUGACGAUGAUGAUAAGGAUUAUAUCUGUGAAGAUGGUGAGAAAUUGGGUCCCCCAGAGUUAAUUAAUGGUCCUGGUCCUUCGGAGGCCUAUUUUAAUUUGUAUUGGCAUUCGAAUAUGCUACCCACAAUUGGUGAGGUCGAAGAGGAAUGUUCAUCGCUCGAGCUGCAAUCGAUGAAUGCAAAUGGACCCAUUGUUAUCGUUGAUGAUCUGAGCCAGCAGAAGCCUAGUGGAGCUCUAAAGUCUGUUGAAACGGAAGAAAAACGAGAACCAGAACCAAAAUCAACUACCACAAAAGGAAAUCUCAAGAAACCCAACUUCAUUGGGGUACCCGUACUACCACCUACCGUGCCGAACUUUGAGGAUUUGAAAUCCGUAAAGAAAUCUACGAAAGAAACGAACGAAGAAACGAAAAUAGCGGCCGCCGACAUGAAUGCUGAACCUGAAGAGAAUUGCAAUAAUUUGCAAAAUAACGAUGAUAAGAUAAUAGGAAAUGCCGAACCCAUUGACGAUAUACAAACUAAGAAGGUGGAGGAUGAAGAGGAAGUAGACAAGGUUAUGGAAAAAUCGGAUUCCAAAAAUGAACACAAUUUUGUGGAGGUUAGUAAAAGUUCCAGCAAAGAAGUGUCGGAAGAUAAUGGACGCACCUCCGAAACCUCCAAGGAGGUAAAGACGGAACAUCAAGAGACCACCACUAAGACGGGAACAGAAACCAUGACCACCACAACAACCACGAAGAAGAUAAUCAAAUCUUCCACGACCACCAGUUCUUCACAGAUCAUAAGUGGCAGUACCACACACACAGGGGAUUUCAAGACCCUGGAUGGUCUGCCAGAGGAAUUUACGAAAGUUGUAACAGAUCCACAAAAUCUCCCCGAAGAGUUCAAGAAGUUAUUGAACUCCUCCUCGCCCAAAUCUCCCAGAGAUGGGGCGGACAACAAACCCCUAUUCACCCUGCAACCCUACAAUGAACGUAAGGGCAACACUAAAAUCACCGUCUUGGAGGAACGCCAAUUCGAAUCCAAUCAAAAAGCCUAUUCGGAAAUACGCACAAAGGACGCGCUGACCGGAGAGGAGAAGGUACAAAAAUCCAGUGAAACUCAUCGUGAAAAGGCCAAACUGAAAAAGGUUCAGAGCCAGGAUAGCCUUGAUGAUGGCAGCUUUGGAGCCUCCAGCGAACAGGAACCGUUAACUGUUACCGCUAAAGCGGAAACACGAUUAGCGGAGGAGGCCCAUAAUCCACAGGAUAAUCAAAGUAUUGCUCGUGGUAUUUUGAAAUUAUCGGAGUGUGGUAAACAAGUGCAAACGAACGCCCUGGGUGGGGUAGAUCUAAUGGAAUGCGAACAUCAGGUAAUGGAGACAUUUGAGGAUUCCGAACAGAUCCUAAAACCCCAAGGAGAAAAGAGUGGGGAAUCUUCUGAAAAACCUUCCCUGCUAAGGGAGAUAAGUGAAACCCUGACGGUGAGUAAAAAUGGUGAUACCCAGGUCACCAAACACAAUGAAAUCACUGCGGAAACUCCCGCCAAGAAAGGUCCCAAACUUCUCAAGAAAUCCGAGGAGGAGAAACGCCUCGAAAUGGAGGCUCAAAAACUCAUCGAAAGCUAUCAAAAGGUACGCAAGGAGGCUGAGAAGCUAUUUCAGUUUGAUAACUUCCGUCAUAACGAUGAUGAUCAGGGUUUCGAUUUAAGCGGUCUGGAAGUGGAGGAAAAGGAAGAAGAAAAUAUCGCCGAACCUCAAAAUGAAAGUGUGGGAGAGAAUUUGGAGGCUACAAAAGAGGUUUCAGAGCAAAAGAAGCCAAGCGAAGUGGUUGAAAAGAAAUCUGCAGCACCUGAAGAGACCUCAUCGAAGGUGGAAGUAAAGAAAUCUGCAUUGGAAGUCAAGAAUCCGGAGGCAGAAGUUAAGAAAUCUGCAGUAGAUGAAGGUAAACAAUUGGAAUCGAUAAAAUCUCCACAAGAAGUGAUUACCUCGGGUGCAGAAGUAAAGGCAUCUGAAGAAAUUGAGGCACCUAAAGUGAAUGCCACGAGUCCUGAACCAAAACUGGAAGCUAAGACCUCAGAACCUGAAGUAAAGGCAGCUAAAGCAGAGGAAGGAAUCAAAUCAGAAUCAGUGAAAUCUCCACAAGAAGUGCUUCCAUCACAUCCAAAAGUAAUGACAUCUGAAGUAAAGUCGGAAUCUAAAGUGAAGUCUAAGAAUUCGGAACCAGAAGUAAAGAAACCCAAGGCGGAGGAAGUUUUCAAAUCGGAAUCGAUUAAAUCACAAAAAGAAGUGAAUCCUUCGGGUGUAAAUGUAAUGACUUCUGAGGUAGAAGUAAGGACUUCCGAAGUAGAGGUAAUGACAUCUCAACCACACGAAAAUAGAUCCGAAACCGAACAAAAGAAUAAAGCUGAGGGAGAGGAGCAUAAACCCGUAUCGGAACAUGUGAAAUCGAAAUCAGAAUUCAUGAAAACGGAAGUAGAAGUGAUGAAAUCGGUAGGAGAAGUGAUGAAAUCGGAAGGAAAAGUGGUGAAUCCUGAACCCAAACUAAUGACCACUGAAGUAAGGAGAAUCGAACCCGAAGAAAAGAAAUCGGAAGCGAAAAUAUUCGAACCGGAAGUGAAGAAAAAUGUUUCGGAAGAAAAUAAAUCACCAGCGGAACCAAUGAAAACUGAAGAGGAAGUGAUGAAAAAGGAGCCCAAAGUAGGCACUUCUAAGGUAAUGAAACCUCAAAUCGAAGUUAUUACAUCCGCAGAAGAAGUGAUGAAACCUGAAUUGGAAACUACAAAAUCUGAAGUAAGAAAAUCUGUCCAGGAGAAAAUAGCUGAGGUAGAAGUGAAAAAUGCGGUCUUAAAGUCAUCCGAACCUACGAAGAAAGAGAAGCAAUUGUCCGAACCAAAAUUCUCUAAGGAGAAAGAGAAGGAAAUUGCCACGAAAUCGGUUAAACCGGACAGCUUUCCCGCUCCUCUCACACGAGAAGAACCCCAGAUUGCCACAAAACCUGAAACCAAACCCCUUGAACCCUCCACCUCAGCCAGUGAAAUUCUCAGCUCUCCUAUCAUAAUUUCCCCCUCAGCUUCCGAUGACGUUCUCCAUGAAGAAACUGAAUAUGUGCUGCACAAAAAUAUCAUCAAGGAGGAGGGUAAAGUAAUGGAAAUUAUUGAAAUCGAAGAGAAGAAAAAAUCUCCAAAAUCCGCACACAAAGAAACAUCUACAAAGACCAUUAAAAUAUCUCCGAAAUCUUCACCGCGAGCCUCACCAAAACUCAAACGCAGUGAAAAGACCAAAACGAAAGCGGAAGGACAAGAGGACACCACCACCUCACUGAAAGUGAAACCAAAACCCACACCGAAACCCAAGCCUCCCAUACCGCAAAGGAGGAAUAGUACCGAUGCUAAUGCCAUAAAACCCAUACCCAAGCGGAGAGGUUCACUUGAGACAACGGCCUCCAUAGUACUACCACCCAAGGAAGUUAAUCUUGAAACUACCACAACCUCAACUCCGAUAAUUGAAAUACCCAAACCUGUAGAACCCAUCACAAUUGAAAUCCCCAAACCCAUGGAACGUAUUAUUGUGGGCGUUGAACAUCACAUCAUAAUACCCUCAGUGGAUUUGAAAAAAGAUUUACCUCCCCAGCCCCCGGUCAUAACCUUAGCCAGCGAUAAAUUACCCUCUGUGGUGGAGAAACAACAAUCGUUUGAAUCUAAAGUUCCGUUACUAAGUCAAACGGCAUCGGGAGAUUUAUUGGAGACCAUCAACUUACCAAAUGUCUCGAAUGCAUCAUCUGCGGCCGAUAUAGCGAAAGAGAUUUUGGUAUCAUCGUCAAUGGAUUCGGUGCAAAGUGUUGAGGAGAAAUUAUCGCCAGCGGCGCAAACCGAUGAGGAGGAGUUGGAGGAAACGUUGCAAGCUGACGAAGGAGAGGAUAUAAAAGCCCGUCUAGAGCAAGAGAAGAAAAUUGAAG